GUUGCGCUUCCGAGCAAUGAAGAUUUUACGACCUCCGGUGUCCGUCGGCCAUUAUAAAAUGGUGAAACACCAGGGCGACCAAGGCAAUGAGCAGAACCCACACAGGUUUGAUCUGCUGAUUCGGACGUACCGUUCCUGGAGCCAAGAUGGCAUGAAUUCUCUCUCCUACAAGCUCCUCUCCAAAGAGCUGCUACCACUUUACACCAACAUCACCGCCGAUAUUGGCACCAACCCUCGGGCCACCAAGAUCGGAAAGGGCUCCCUGUCUGACUUUGGCAGGGGGGAUUAUCCGCGAGACAGCAAUCACGAUUUCCGUCAGGAGAUGCUGCGCAAGACUCCUUUCGCCAAGCUCUCCCAAGCCAUGGGAUGGAAGGAUCCCUCUCCAGAGACAGAUAAAAAGGGGGAGAUGCCUACCCCGAUCUCAGAAAACCCCACACCGAGCACCAGAGCCGAAAAGAGGGAGAAAGGCUCCGCGGCUUCGACCUACAACGAGGUAGACGCUACCCUCGAAACAUUGAGUGACGCCGUCCCCAGCCCGGAAGUCCCCAAACGAGUUUUCGAGGAUACAGUCCAACCCGUACGAGUAGGUUUAUCUUCGCCGCGACUUUCGUCCGGACACGCUGCACAGAGCAUAGCUCUCCGACCCAACUCUACAAAUCGCACCGAUUCUAGAACCGCAGAUUAAAAGAACGAGAUGACACCCAGAGCGUCAACGCGAGGUCGAAAUUUAGAAUCAUUCUCUCAUCCCUGCUCGGGAGUUUGGGGAGGAUCCGUCGGUUUCCCCCCCAGGCCAACGGAGCAGAAGGGCCAGACGGAGGUAGAGCGGACAAAUAAAAGGGGGCAGGUGAACGGGGUAGGUAGGACGGCGCCGGGAAUCCUUCGAGAAUUUGGUUCCCGUAUCCGCGGGCGCCGGUUGAUUCUUCCUUCCCGGAUGCAAGGAAUCUACCAAGGGCCCGUAUUUCUAACAGGUGCUUCGUAGGACUGAAUUCACGCUCGGAGGCGGCUGGAAGUACAGGAGGGAUUGGCGUGGGGAAAACGGGGCCUCUUCUCGUGUCCGAGAUUUCUGCGGAUGGAUUGUGGGAGGGGAGGAACUCUGCAGCUUUGGUGGAAAGAGUGCUCCGAUCAAAGCCCUCCGGCCCCCACUGUCCGCUUUGCACCUUCUUAAAAAAAGGGGGGGAAGGGCUGAGCCUUGCUACCCACCCACCCCCUUCCCCAGCGCCAGGAAAGUAUAACUCGCUUCGCUGGACUUCUCAACUUUUGUGAAAUAGAAUUUGAGAUGGGACAGGAUCUUCUCUCACCCUAGCUGUGCUCCCCCCCCCUUUUCACACAAGCGAUCCAGCCAGGAUCAAGGAACUGGGAGGGAGGGGGGGGGAGAUUUUCUAAUGGAAAGACCCUCCUGGGGCAAUCAGGGUCUUUUCGGGGGCAGGAAAAUCUCCCCUCCUGGAUCGAAGGCGAAACAGCUGGGAAGCUGUAGCUAUUUUUGCUCUCCUCAUAGCUGUUUGCUCGUACAAUCUUUGCUGCUAGCCCUCCUUCUCCUCCUCCUCCUCUUCAUCUUUUUUACUUCUCCAUCUCUAUCUUUUUUCUCAUUUUUUCAUUGUCGU